GUUUCCACCACUUCUACGAACUCAUUUGCUUUCACUUUUUUUUGUUCUUUCGCUACAAUUCACAACCACAAAAAUCCACUUUAUAUACCUCUAGAUUUCUCUUGCCAACACCUCCCUCCCUCCUUCCCUCCCUUUCUCUCUCUCUCUCUAGAUUUCUUGUUUUUGUUCAUCUCCAUGGCCAAUAACUACAGUUUUUUAUGUCUUAUAGGAGCCAUAGAUCGUCUAUGGUUUCGCCAAACCAUUCUUUUCGCUGAGCCAAUUUCAUUAUUUAGUCCCAAAGGUAGUACGAUUGAAGAUCAAACACCUCAGGACUCCAUUGUCACAGAUUCUUUUACUUACCCAUCAUCCACCAUCUCCUUCUUGCCUCAUGCAGAUGAAGAAUUCGAUUUCUCACCACUUUUAUAUGAAGACAACUCAUCAGAUUCACCACAAAUGACCACUCCACAGGAUGAUUCCAAUAAUGAAGAGGAGGAUGACAUGAACUCGAACGAAUUCGUCAACGUGCAGAAGAACAAAACUAGACCAACAAGAUUAAAUAUGUUGGCCAACAGAAUGUUAAUUCGGUCUCAGUCAUCUGAUCACCAAAAACGUCCCCGGAAAAACAGAAGAUGCUCAUCAUCCACAUCAUCACCAGGUUAUGCAACGGCUGCUGCAGCGGCGCAAAAGCUUCAGAAAUCGAUGAGCUGCCGGAGCUUGGGGGAGCUAGAGCUCGAAGAAGUUAAGGGGUUCAUAGACUUAGGGUUCACGUUUAAGAAAGAACACUUGAGUCCAAGAAUGAUGAGUUUAGUACCUGGCUUGCAGAGACUUGGUGUGUCUAAUAGUAAAAAGUUACGGAAUAAAAAUGAUGAUUCUGCUGAAAUUGAAGUACCUAAAGAAGAUAAAGAUGAUGAAAAAGAGGGUGAAGUGAUGAGGCCUUACUUGUCAGAAGCGUGGCUUAUAAAACGGCCAGAUUCGCCCUUGCUAAACCUGCGGUUGCCGAGAGUCUCCGCAGCUGCUGACAUGAAGAAACAUCUGAAGUUUUGGGCUAGAACUGUUGCUUCUGAAAUUCACCAGGAAUCUUAAACUCAUCACUCUCUGUUAUGAUUUGUACUAUUAUGUCGACAGCUUUUGCAAUUGUAAACAGUGUGUUUUUCGGUGGCCGUUAAAAAAAUGUUGCAAUUGUUACUAGCAUAGUGUAUUUCGCUCUAGUUGUAAGUGAGAAGUCUUAGAUUCAAAUAUGAGUUUGAUACUAAAUUAGUGUUGAAUUAUAGUUGUAUAAAAAGAGAUUGUAAUUGUAUAAAGUAGUAAAGAAGUGGAAAAGCAAAGGGUCAGAAAACCUGUUUUCAGUCU